UGUGACAUUAGCGGAGUGUGCCGUCACUGUCAUAUGGCAAGCCAAGGCAGCCUCGACUGGUUUAGAGCAGAGACGGUUAUUCUGGAUCACAACUGUUCACCCGCCACUGUACCCAGCAGUGCCCUGGGCUUAAUCCUGAGCGGAACGCAGCCUGUCACAGAGGUAAAGGGGGGACAACUCUCACGAGUCUUGGGGGAGAUCAGACACAGUCAUUCCGCAUGAUUUUCUCAUGCGUAUUAUUGGAAAAACGCUUUCUUCUCCAGCUUCUUGUUCGUUAAUGGAGUUCCGGCAGGGCAGCGGUGAUUACUGCCAUGCCCAACAUCGCAGCGCUUGAUCACGGGUGGAUAUGCCCUGAAAUCUGCCACUGAAUGUUCGGAGAAACGCCUUCUCUGCUCUUCUUUUGCUGGUCUUUCUGACUGACCGCUUUGCUGUGCACCAAAUGGGUUAAUUGACAUCGUGGCACCUGGCAUUUAGCUACCAGACACUGUUCCACCUGUCUAGCUGCCCGGCAGAACAUCCCUAUCAAGAGGAAGAGGCAGAUUUGUUGGAAGAGGAAGACUUUUGUGGCCUCUAUUUACCAAGAAAGGCAGCUUUCAAUUUUAUGUGCUGAUUAGUAGUGAUUUAUCACAGAGGAUCCUGCAAAUCCCUGACACCUUCACUGUGAUAGUGUAUCUGCUGUAGAACUGCUCUAGGUCAGAGUAGUUCCAUACUGUGAGUGGAGCUGUGUGGAUCCUGGCCCGGAUUGGGUGCUCUUUUCUUCUGUAGAGUGGAGGGACACCAGAAUGGCCAGGAUGAACCGUCCGGCUCCUGUCGAGGUCUGCUACAAAAACAUGCGCUUCCUUAUCACACACAACCCAACCAAUGCUUCACUAAGCAGCUUCAUUGAGGAUCUGAAGAAGUAUGGGGCAACAACAGUGGUGCGUGUGUGUGAAAUCACCUACGAUAAGACACCACUGGAAAAGGAUGGGAUUACUGUUAUGGAUUGGCCCUUUGAUGACGGCGCACCUCCUCCUACCAAGAUCGUGGAUGACUGGCUUAGUCUGCUGAAGAAUAAGUUCUGUGAGGAUCCAGGCUGCUGCGUGGCUGUGCAUUGUGUGGCCGGACUGGGCCGGGCUCCAGUGCUGGUGGCUCUGGCACUUAUAGAGAGCGGAAUGAAAUAUGAGGAUGCCAUUCAGUUGAUCAGACAGAAACGCCGGGGCGCCAUCAACAGCAAGCAGCUGACGUACCUGGAGAAGUACCGCCCCAAACAGAGACUGCGUUUCAAAGACCCACACAACCACAAAAGCAAGUGUUGCCUCAUGUGAUCCGGUCUCACCAGCCUGCCACUGAAGGAACCAGUCACUCAUGGACUAAACCGGACUAAAAUUACCAAUCUAGUGCAUUUGAACUCUUGCUACAAUUCAGGAGGGGAAUUCAACCCCCUUUUGGUGUAUAUGUCAGACCCCUGCACACAGGGUCUUCACCAGCUCAGGACUGUGAAAGACGAGCCUCUUGAAUUUUGUCUUUACACACCAACCCCCCAUCCUCACUGUGUUUACAAAUUUAUUGUGAGCACAAACAUACGCCCGAUGCUCACACUCAUGCUACCAGCCGUCACACUUUACCAGCAGCACACAGUCCAAAGAUGAUCAAGGCCACCAGCACCUGCUCACAGAACUCAAUCCCUGUUGUUUCCUCACACUUUCGUAUGAAACUGCUUGACUACACUGUUCUUUCUCUUUUGUAAUUUUGAAGUUUCAGAAUGCAUGUCGCUGUACUUUUCUGAAGAUGCAUGUGAGUGGUCUAACCUAGCUCUCUCUUUUUUUCUACAUUGUAUCAUGAAUCUACUCUGGGAUUCAAGUUUUUUGCACCACUGGCUGCUUAUUAAUAGAACUGUGGGCACCUGGAUGGAUAACAUAGCACACUUUGACAUGACUUCCAGAUUUUUGGAUGUUUUAGCUGCUUCGAAAUCAUGUUGAAACUCAUAAAAAAGAAAUCCAGCUAACCCGAUACACUUCUGUACCACAGAAUUGCAGCAGUGAACCGAGAGAAAUCCAUGUGUGAGCACAAUUGUAGAUCAGUAGUUCUGUUUUAAUUUAACACAGCAGCCACAAGAGGGAGUCAUCACACUAUGUGUUUCACAUGAAAAAUCUUUUUGGACUUGCCGGAUUUUUAUUUUUAUUUUAUUUAUUUUUUUGCUGUUUGCACUCAUUGCUCAUGCGUGGCUGUUUCUCACGGACAUAGUUGUACUGUGGACACUUAUUUACUAUGGAAUUUCAGAAGGAACUUUUCAGAGUGAGGCCUAAAAUAUGUAGUCUUGUCCAUAUAGUAGGAAAUGAAAUGGAAUCACAGGAUCUCUGCCUAACUAGUGGUCAUUUAGACAACAAUGAAGGAAAAAAAGGUAAUGAAUCUGUGUCAGGUACUGAAGUGAUGUCACAUGCAUCAUUAAUCUGCUAAUAUGAAAUCCAUAAGACCUUGGAUCUGGGAUAAUGACAUAUUUCUCUGCCUUUGAAAUCCAAAGCAAAAGCUAGUGAAGGAAAUAUCUAAUUAUCUAUCUUUGCGACUGUGAGAAGGUUAAGCAAAAAAAUUGAGCUUAGAUUUGCUUACAAUUGCCAAUUAUUAUAUUCACUUGGCCUCUCAUGUUCAUCUACAAAAGCAAUGGCUGGAGAAUGGACAUAUUUUAAAGCUGAGCUCACUCCAAUUAGAGCUGAACUUUAAGAAGGAGAUCAAGAGUAUCAAGUUUGCAUUUCUGGUUUUGACACUUACAGUCAAUCCCAUUUAAAUAAAAGGGUUUGAAUUAAGCAGCUCAGUGUUGAUCACAUAUAAAAGGGCUUCUCUCUCACGUGCUGUUUAGUCACCUUUAUUACUGUUGAGUGUCUGCAUUUACAAAUCUGGAAUGUUUUGAUGAGUUGUGGCCUCAAUAAAUAUAACAGUUCAUCUUGGAAUGGCUCUGGUACCUGAUGCGAUCAGCAAAAGAAUAAUCAAAGGUAACAUUUUCAGGAAUAUAUUUAGGUAUCAUCACUAGACCUUGCUUUUGUGAAGGAUGGUGCAAGACUACAUGCCACGUCUCAUGUUUAUCCUGACCACAUUCAUUUGUGGUCCUGAAGAUCAAGACUUCAUCCAUGAGAAUGUUCUUAACUUUUGUUUGAGUUGCUGAUUUUUGAAUAAACCAACAGAGCUGAAGUCAUUACCCUUGACACUGGAUGAUAUAGUGUCUGUAUUUAAAAAUCAUGGGUGGUAUCUGUAAAUAUACAUUAUUACUCCAUAGUAAGGUUCACUGAUCAACAGGUUUCCAGAUCAUAUCUAAAGUGGCCUAUCUUUGACAUAAACAUAUUAUUGUAUAACACGUUUUAUUAAACAGUGAUACAUAAUGAUCUAUUGUUCCCUGUUCAUAUCUAAAGUGAUUGACAUUAUUGUAUUAUUCAUCAUUUUUAAUGCCAAACAAACAAAAGUUAAUUGAUGUACAUAUUGCUCUUUUAUGAAAUUGGAACAGAUGUUAAAUCUGAAAUCUGGAUUACUUAAAAAUGAAUAAAAACCUGGAAUUUCUCA